AUGGGCGGCGAUACGAGUGGAGACGACACGCGGGGAGGCGACUCGGAGCUGAUGCUGAGGGAGAACAGCGAGGAGGAAGGAGCAUGGGAGGAGGAAGUAUUAGCAGAGGACGGAGAAGGCAGUAACGAACGGCUCUAUAACGAGGACAUGUGCAAAUGGCCGGACAAGCUGCGCUUGGCCCCUGGGCUGUAUCUGGUGGGAACACCUAUCGGCAACUUAGAAGAUGUUACCAUCAGGGCGCUGAGGGUGCUGCGCUGUGCCGACCUCAUUCUAGCAGAGGACACGCGCCGCUCUGUCAAGUUACUGCGUUUCUACAACAUCACCACACCCAUGAUGAGUUAUCAUGCCUUCAAUGCCACGGCUCGUCGAGAGGCUCUCAUUGGUCGGAUGCGAUCCGGCCAAUCACUGGCGCUCGUGUCUGACGCAGGCAUGCCGGGUGUCAGCGAUCCCGGUGCUGACCUGGUCGCCGCGUGCGCUGAAUCAGCAGUCCCCGUCAGCGUGAUUCCCGGCCCGUCUGCUGCCACCACUGCGGUUGCGGCAGCUGGCUUUCUCACCAACGGCUUCACCUUCUUGGGGUUCCUCCCAGAGCGGUCGGCAGUGCGGCAGCGUCGGCUGCAGGAAGCAGCGCAGGGGGAGGCGAUGCAGGUGCUGUUUGUGGCGCCACACAAGCUGCUCUCCUCGCUCUCCCACUGCAUCCUCGCCUUUGGCCCGGACCGCCCAUGCCUCGUGGCUCGGGAGCUUACCAAGCUGCACGAAGAGCUGUGGCGAGGGACACUCUCAGAAGCACUUGCGGAGUUCACGGCUCGGGGGCCAAAAGGGGAAUUCACCCUGGUAAUUGAUGGCCUCCCCCGAAAGGACCUGGACGCAUUGCAGCAGACUGGGGAGGAGGAGGUGACAGCUUACCUUGAGAAGCUGAUUCUCGACGGCACACCCCCCUCACAGGCUGCUAGGAUGGCUGCUGAUGCUCUGCGAGUGAAGCGCAAGCAGGCCUAUGCUCUCGCUCUUGCCAUUUUGAAUCGCUUGCAGCAAGCACAAGGACAGACAGAAGAGGCAGUAGGACCAGGAGGGGAGGCAGAAAGCAUGAGUUUGGAGGGAGCAGCACAGGGUGAAAGUUGA